CAGACAUUUUCUUAUGCAAUCCUCGUAUAAAGUGAUUUUCGGAUGUUUCAUGGUAUUGCACGAUAUAUUUGUAUAAAUUCUGUGCGGUUACAUACUUCAAGACAAACAGAUCUUCACAUUUUGUCGACAGAAAUAUAUCGGAAAUCGAGAAUUCUUUGUAGUUCAUUUAGUGGCAAAAUGGAAGUGACCGAGUCUCCAGCUGGAGGGGGUGACCAGGCGGCGGCCGGCGACCAGCCACCGAAAACUGCUGCCCAGCUGAAGAAGGAAGCGAAAAAGCAAGCGAAACUUGACAAAUUCAAGCAGAAACAGGAAAAACAAGCCAAGAUGCAAGGCAACCAAAAUACAGAGAAAAAAAAAGAGAAGAAAGAGAAGAAGGUAAAAGAAGUGAUAUCAUAUGAAUUUGAUACUCCACAAGGUGACAAAAAAAAUAUAUCCUGUGUAAUGCCUGAUUCCUAUAGUCCCAAGUAUGUAGAGGCUGCAUGGUACUCAUGGUGGGAGAAAAUGCAGUUCUUUAAGCCAGAAUAUGGUCAUGGUCCAUUGAAGGAGGAAAUUGCCCGGGGGAAAAAUGUGUUUAUGAUCUGCAUCCCACCACCAAAUGUUACUGGUUCAUUACAUCUUGGACAUGCACUGACAUCAUCUGUGCAAGAUGCACUAGUGAGAUGGCAUAGGAUGAAGGGUGAGAUAACACUUUGGAAUCCUGGAUGUGAUCACGCAGGUAUAGCUACGCAAGUUGUUGUUGAGAAGAAACUGUUCAGGGAAAAACAAUUAACAAGGCAUGACUUGGGACGAGACAAAUUUGUUGAUGAAGUCUGGAAGUGGAAAAAUGAGAAAGGCGACAGAAUCUAUGACCAGCUAAAGGCAAUGGGUUCAUCAUAUGACUGGGACCGUACAUGCUUUACCAUGGAUGAUAAAUUAUCUCGAGCCGUCAAGGAGUCAUUUGUUCGUCUUCACGAGGAAGGUGUUAUUUAUCGUAGUAAUAGACUGGUAAACUGGUCCUGCCGACUAAACUCUGCUAUCUCAGAUAUUGAGGUGAAUAAACACGAACUAACAGGACGUACCUUGUUACCUGUACCAGGAUACGAUGACAAAAUAGAAUUUGGUGUCCUAGUCUCAUUUGCAUAUAAAGUGCAUGACUCAGAUGAAGAAAUUGUUGUCGCGACAACACGUGUUGAGACGAUGUUAGGUGAUACAGCUGUAGCCGUCCAUCCAAACGAUGAAAGAUACAAACAUUUACACGGAAAAAGUGUAGUUCAUCCCUUCCGUAAUGAAACCAUGCCGAUUAUCUGUGAUGACUAUGUGGAUAUGGAAUUUGGUACAGGUGCUGUAAAGAUAACUCCAGCUCACGAUCACAAUGAUUACGAUAUUGGUAAACGUCAUGAUUUGGUAUUCUUGACCAUGAUUGAUGACAACGGGAAUAUUACUGAUGUUGGCGGACAGUUUGCUGGUAUGAAGAGGUUUAGUGCACGCAAGUCUGUAUUGGAAGCGUUGAAAGAGAAAGGACUAUACAGAGAUACAAAAGACAACCCAAUGGUAGUUCCUAUAUGCAGUCGUUCUAAAGACAUUGUAGAGCCGUUAAUUAAACCACAGUGGUAUGUUGACUGUAAUGAUAUGGCCAAGAAAGCCGUAGAAGCUGUUGAAAAUGGAGAUUUAAAAAUUAUUCCAGAUAUUCACAUCAAGACUUGGAAUUCAUGGCUGAAAAACAUCAGAGAUUGGUGCAUUUCGCGUCAGUUGUGGUGGGGUCAUCGUAUCCCAGCAUACUUUGUGACUGUUGACGAUCCUAAUGUUCCAACUGGUGAUGAUAUUGAUGGUAAUUACUGGGUCAGUGGCAGAGAUGAGAAUGAAGCCAGAAAGAAAGCGGCUGCCAAAUUCAAUGUCACUGAAGAUAAAAUUUCUCUAAGACAAGAUGAAGACGUUUUAGAUACAUGGUAUUCGUCUGCUCUUUUUCCAUUCUCUAUAUUUGGAUGGCCAGAUACGACUGAUGAUCUUGAAGUGUUUUAUCCCGGUACUCUAUUGGAAACUGGUCAUGAUAUCUUGUUUUUCUGGGUAGCCAGAAUGGUAAUGUUUGGUCAGAAACUAUGCGGGAAACUUCCGUUCCGCGAGGUUUAUUUACAUGCGAUGGUACGUGAUGCACAUGGCCGAAAGAUGAGUAAAUCUUUAGGUAAUGUUAUAGAUCCACUUGACGUCAUCCACGGUAUUUCUCUUGAGGGUCUACAUCAGUUAUUGCAUGAUAGUAAUUUAGAUGUAAAAGAAAUCCAGAAAGCCAAAGACGGUCAGAAAGCUGAUUACCCAGAAGGUAUACCUGAAUGCGGUACAGAUGCGUUAAGAUUUGCACUAUGUGCUUAUACAUCACAAGGUAGAGAUAUCAAUUUGGAUGUUCUACGUGUUCAAGGCUAUCGCCAUUUCUGUAAUAAACUAUGGAAUGUUACAAAGUUUGCUUUGAUGUCAUUAGGGGAGGAUUAUAAACCAUCAUCACAAAUACAGUUGACUGGAGAUGAAAGCUUAGUUGAUAAAUGGAUGUUGAGUCGAUUAUCAUUUGCAGUAUCAGCUUGUGAAACUGGAUUCCCAGAGUAUGACUUCCCACUCAUCACAUCGUCAAUAUACAACCUAUGGUUAUAUGAGAUGUGUGAUGUUUACGUGGAAUACAUGAAACCUAUUCUACAAGGGAGUAAUGAAUCAGCCAAAGUCAGCGUCAGGAACAUACUGUAUACAUGUCUAGAUACUGGUCUAAAACUUCUGAGUCCAUUCAUGCCAUUUGUUACAGAGGAACUUUGGCAACGGUUACCAAGACGAAGUGGCGAUGAGCCUCCAAGUAUUUGUGUCAGUAAUUACCCUGAAAUCAAAAAUUUUGGUUUCCGAAAUGAGCAACUAGAGCAGGAUUUUGAAUUUGUACAGAAUGUCAUAAAACAGAUACGUGUGAUCAGAGCCGAAUAUCAACUCACAAAACAAAAACCUGAAGUGUAUCUACGAUGUAGUACAACAUCUGUUUCUGAGAUGUUACAGCCUUACAAUUUUGUUAUUCAAACACUGGGUAGUGUAUCUACGAUACAUCAUAUACCAGCCGACGGUGGUGAUAUACCGUCAGGGUGUGCUAUAUCUACCGUAUCUGAUAAAUGUGAAGUCCAUCUACUACUUAAGGGUAUGAUAGAUGUUAGUAAAGAAAUUAACAAGUUGAAGCAGAAGCAAGAAAGACUUGCUGGACAGCAGAAGAAAUUACAGAAUGCAAUGAGUAUUGACGACUAUGAUAAUAAAGUACCAGAAAAUAUUCGCCAAAAUAAUUCAGAAAAGCUUUCACAGACUGAGAAUGAAAUACAGAAGAUAACAGAAGCCAUUUCAAUGUUAAAAGCAGCAGAAUAGAAGACAUGCGGGAGGGGAAGGGGGUGUCAUUUGACUAAAGGAAAUUAUAUGUAUACAUUUUUUUAACAUUAUGCCACACAGGAUUUUCAUGCUUUGAACAUAUUAACCUUUUCACCACCAGAUUUUGUGGCCUAAAUUUUCAUGCACUUUUUUCUUGUAUUCUUCAAUAUUUCUGGAAAUAAACCCUAAUUUUAGAGCCAACAGACAAAAAUUUAGUAAAUUUUUGGUUUUUACUCAAAAAAUUUGGCUAUUUUUGUCCCAACCUUGAGAAGGAAAGUGCAGACUAUAAACGG